AUGUCCGCCAGCCUGCCGCUGACGAUCGUGCAUCACUCACUGCGGGUCUACUUGUUGGCGAACUGGUUGGCUGAGCGCGAGAAGAGUGAGUGGGCGGGCAGUGAUCUCCUGUUCGUGGCAUGUGUGUGCCAUGACAUCGGUGCCUCCCAAGCGCACAAUGGCCCGCAGCGAUUCGAGGUGGAGGGUGCCGAUGCUGCCGCCAACCUCUUACGCAGGCAUUCGAGGUCGGAAGCUGAGGCACACGAAGUCUGGACGGCGAUCGCUUUACAUACCUCGCCCGGCAUAGCAGAACGCAUUACACCAUUGGCCAGGCUGGUGAGGUUGGGCGUUCUCAUUGAUUUCCGUCCGGCCAUCAAGGCGCAGCUAGAAGCAGGGACGUAUGCAGAAACCAUCGAGGCCAAACUGCCCCGGCUGGAGAUUGAGAAAGUCUUGGGGGACGCCGUCGUUCAACAAGCUGUUCAGAAUCCCGCAAAGGCCCCCGCAGCUUCAUGGCCAAACAACCUCUACAGGUCACACCUGGAGAACCCCGACUGGACGGGUGUCAAUCGAGCAUUUUGA